AUGAGUUACACCGCAUUUCAAUUGGAAGUUCUCGAACGCCACAACCAGCUACGUCCCAAGCACUCGGCCUCACCUUUGCAGCUCGAUGCUGGUAUGUGUCAAUAUGCACAACAAUGGGCUAAUUACAUUGCAAGUCGGAAUGUCAUGCAACAUCGCUCUAAUAACAAAUACGGAGAAAAUAUCUACGCUGCUUUUGGGAAAAGUAAUGUCACUGGCACCGAAGCCGUGGAUGCGUGGUAUAACGAGAUCAAGGAUUAUACAUUCGGGGCGGCGAACCCGUCAAACUUCUCGCAAGUGGGCCACUUCACGCAGGUGGUGUGGAAGAAAUCACGCAAAAUAGGGGUUGGAAUUGCUGCACAGGGGAAAAACAUUUACGUCGUUUGCAACUACGACCCUCCCGGCAACUAUGGAGGCCAGUAUUCCGCCAAUGUGACAAGAUCGUGA